AGUCCUAGACCAGCCUCUGGAGCAGAUCGAAUCUGCAAUGAGCCGGAAACCGUUAUAUCAUGCAGCUUUGCCCAUAGCAGCAGCUGUCCCUUCUCUUCUGAGUCCAUUGUUGAGGCUAGGGAAUGGAUCGAUGCGGUUGUGGUGCAAGAAGUUGGUUUAUCAGGAUAUGUUUUGGCGGCUAAAAAUUGGCGGUGAUGUCAGAGCCAGUCCAGUAAACACCUAACCAGAAGAGAGUUCAGGAAAUUUGAUAGUUACCCCCCCCCCCAUUUGCACCAUCGUUUCGCAAGAUUCAAUGCCGGUCAAUCAUCUAAUGGAAUUAUUUUUCAAUUGAUGACAAAUGGGAACCAAUGCAUUACUGGUCCCCACGGAGUUGGUGUCACUACUGGGAGUGGUGAUUAGCAAUAAGGAAGGAGAGCCCGCAUUGAUCUGUGACGACAAUAAACUAGCAGGAUUUCUGGCUUCUCAUGGAUUACAGACCGAUUUCAGCUCUCCUCAUGGCGACAAAGAGAUCAAAGGAAUCAUACAAAAAUACGGAACUAAAAUAACCUACAUCGUAUAUUAUGAAGCUGGGCUGGCAUUGUGCUUUCAACGCGUCUCUAGUGGAAAGGCGCUUUUGGAGUCAAUUGAGAUUUAUAACACUGAUCGAAAAUAUAAAGCGGUUGCGUCAACUCUUUUACCAUUUAAAGGAUUGACCCAUGCUACAACGGCUUCCGAGCUGAUUGAAGCCUACAUGGAGCCCACAGAAAAAGGUGGUGGUGUUACUGCAGGCAUAGACAUAUGGCUGCGGUGGUCACAAUUAUCUAUCUCAACUCACGAAGGUGAGCCGACGACUAUCAGUAUUGACGUUCAAAUUUCUGAUCGGAGCUGGCAAACUGGAGGGGGCAGCGUAUGGAAAUCAAUGACUAUAAGUCUGACUUCCUGACAUUUGAUACGACUAAGUGCCACCGAUGUGAAUCGGAGGUGUUGCAGAUUUGUUUCUCAGUGAUCUCUAGCCAAUGAAAUAUUCAUUCCAAAACUGCCAAAUUCAACUGCGCAGGGAGAUGUGUCCGGUUUAAUAUCCUGCGCUUAUUGUACAAAGGUGAAAGGCCUGGUACCAAGCUCAAGCUUGUCCAUGAUAGCAUUUGCUUCUUAUUUGUAUUGCAUGCGAUAGAUCUGCAAGUCCAUUAUAUGAUAAUGUACAUGGAAAAAAAAUUAGAAUGCAGCGGCGUCCACCUCAUUAUGUAUACAGGUUACGUCGAAAUCAAAAUUACAAAUUAGCUCCCCAUUCAAAGGCGAUGUAAGGCAGUGUAAAA